GGCACACAUAAUGUGUAUGUACUGUAUAGACACAUGGACGUUCAGAGUGGUUGAUUCAAUAUGAUGGCUGCGAAUAUAGAGAGGUUUGUCAGUGAGGGUAAAGGAAAUGGUUUGCGUGCUCUGCGUGAAAUCAAACCCGGUGAAGUGAUCUACUCCUGCGAGCCGUAUGCAUUCUGCAUUGCCAAGAAUUUCUUGAAAACGACCUGCCAAAGUUGUCUCAAGAGAGGCGAAAGUCUAUCGAGAUGUUCUCAGUGUAAGACGGCACGGUACUGCAGCGUUCAGUGUCAGAAACAAGCAUGGCCUGAUCACAAGAGAGAAUGCAAAUGCCUCCAGCGCCUCCAGCCAAGAAUCCCCACUGACUCCGUCCGCCUGGUUGCGAGGAUCAUUUUCAAACUACUCAGCCAAUCAAAAAGUGACCAAGAGGAGCUGUACUCAAUAGCUGAACACCAGUCACAUCUAGUCGACAUGAGCGAGGAGAAGAAGGAUGGCCUGGGGCAUCUCUGCACGACACUGCAGGUUUAUCUUGGCGAGGAGUACUGCAGUCUGUCUGAGCUUCCGUCCGGCCUCGACCCCAUCAGCCUCCUCGCCAGAGUGACCUGCAACUGUUUCAGCAUCAGUGAUGGAGAGCUGCAGGACCUGGGGGUGGGGCUUUACCCCAGCAUGUCUCUGCUGAACCAUGACUGCCAGCCAAACUGUGUCAUGAUCUUCGAGGGCAAGAGACUCACACUGCGAGCUGUUAGGGUCAUCAGACCCUGUGAGGAGCUGACUAUAAGCUACACCGAUGUCCUCGCACCCAGCAAAGAGAGGCGUUCGCAAUUACAGGAGCAAUACCACUUCCUGUGUCAAUGCACUCGCUGUACCACUGAGGACAAGGAUUGUGACAUGCUGGCUGGAGAGACGACAGCGUGGACAUCCUUAAGAGACGCCAUCCUUCACCUGGAGCAGCUUCAGUCGGACCAGCACUGGGAGGAGUUGCUGAAAGAGAGCCAAGCUCUUUUGCACAGAUAUGCAGAUGUCAUCCCGGACAGGAACAUCUAUGUGCUCAGGCUGCUGGAUCUGGCCAUGGAUGCUUGCAUUAGCCUGGACGAGUAUGAGACGGCACUGGAGUACGGCAAUAGGGCUCUGGGACCUUACAAAUUGUACUACUCCGAUCCUCAUCCGUCCAGAGCGGUGGAGCUGCUGCGGGUGGGGAAGCUGCAGCACUACCUGGGCCGACUGAAGGAAGCUCAGGGGAGCUUCACACAGGCCUAUGACAUCAUGAAGGUGACCCACGGGACGGAGCAUGCCCUGACUAAUGAGGUGAGGAGAAAACUGAGCGAGUGCCAGGCCGAGCUUGGCGGAGUCUAGGCGGCUGAUGCGUGGCACCGCACAAACCCUGCGUCAUCAUGUGGAGAACGACACCGCCCCAACCUCUCUGCCUUUCUGCUGUCACGUUGGCUGUCAAUCAACACGCCGCUAUAUUAGCUCUCAAAUGGAAUGUUUCUUGAUGGUUGUGUCUGCCACCUGCUUUUGUGCCAUUGUGUAUCAAACCAGCUGGUUUAGAAUUCUAUUGAAAAAAUUAAUAAUUUUUCUCUGCUGCUUCUACUCGGCAUGCCAGAGGGGAAAAAGCAACAUUACUGCCAUGCUUUUUUAUUCCAUUUCCAUAUUUUUAUAUUUUGAUUUUUUUUUUUUUUUUUUUUUUGCAAUAAUGACAGAGUGCUGUUCCCCAGAACAGCUGUUCACUUUUAACACUCAAUCCAAAGUAUAGUUUACUACCCUCCAUAAUUUCAAAAGAAAGUCCUGCUUCUAGGUAUUUUGAGCCAACAUUAAUGGUUACAACUGGAAAAAUAUUGCUAAAUCUAAAUAAUAAACUAAAUAAUAAAAAUAAAACAAUAAUAAAUCUAAAUAAUAAAAGUAUAUGCAUCUAUUGCAAAGUCUGAACUAUUUGGGUCACUCCAUUUUGAUUUGUACAGUAUCUGCAUAUUAUUAGCUUAACAAACAGAUAUGUUUGAUAUCAUAUUAGUAUUAAAAUGCAUCUGAUUGAGUA